AUGAAGAGCCAACUCUUCAAUGUCUUGCUCCGUGAGACUUUGUUUGUAGCUGACCAACGGCUCCAAUCCGAGAAGCAUCCUGUUCACCACGUCCUGGACCAGCUCGUUGGUGAUAGCCAGUCCCUUGCUUCCGAAACAGUGCUUCAUGGUGAGAAUUUUCAGAUACGACGCGUCGGUGUACAACUGCUGGCUGAGAUCGAACCAGCUAUACAAAUUAAACGUGGAAUGGACGGGGGCAGGAACAUGAUAGUUUCCUGCGGUGUAGAACCCAAACCGCUGCAACGUGACUCCAACAGGGCUUGUGCUUUUGACCACGUCCAGGAACUCGAUCAGUUCAGGGAAGUUGUGGAUCGUUCCGCCCGAGGACGAGGUCAGAGCUGCCAACGUUUCCAUCGAAUAGAACCAGAUCCAGACGAUACCCAGGUCCAGCGAAAUCGCCAUGUAUUUGCAAUACUUGAUCAGAAGGUCCUUGGCUCCACGGAGAUGUGCACGCCAUUGGGACCCGGUUGA